AUGAUCAAUUACAAAAAUUGGGACUGUCAUGGUGAAGCUGCUGCCAUCGAGGGCAAUAGUGGCGGAGAGUCUGAAUCAGUAGAUAAGCCGGAGGAUAUAGAGGGUGAAGAAAAUAAGGGUGAAGAAGAUAAGGAUGAGGAGAUGCCUUGUGACUCAGAUGAGUUCCUUAGGCUGGUAGAAGAUGGAGAUAAAGCUUUGUACCCUGGGUAUACAAAGUUGACAAAAUUGAACGCUCUUGUAGAAAUGUUCAAUUUGAAAGCAAAGCACGGAAUGACUGAUGGUUGUAUUUCUGACUGGCUAAUGUUGUUUGAGUCCUUCCUUCCCAAUGGGAAUGAAGUACCUUGCAAUAUAGGUGAGGUAAAGAAAACACUAGGUUUAUUGGGGAUGGGGUAUGAAAAAAUUCAUGCAUGUCCAAAUGAUUGCAUUCUAUAUAGAGGGGACCAUCAUGAAGCCGAAGUAUGUCCAACAUGUACUACUUCGCGCUAUAAGAUUGGAAAGAAUGGAGUUGUGAGGGAUGGGGUUGCUGCAAAGGUUUUGUGGUACUUCCCUAUAAUACCGAGAUUCAAAAGGAUGUUCCAAUCUCCAAGGACAGCUAAGUCCUUGACUUGGCAUGGCGAUAGGAAAAAAGAUGACAUGAUGCGGCAUCCAGCUGAUUCACCGACUUGGAAAUUGGUUGACACACAAUGGCCAGAAUUUGGGAAAGAACCUAGGAACCUUCGAUUAGCCCUUUCGUCUGAUGGAUUUAAUCCUUACGCUACUUUAAGCAGCAAAUACUCUUGUUGGCCAGUUAUUCUGUUCACAUAUAACCUUCCUCCUUGGUUAUGCAUGAACCGAAACAGCCCGGGAAAAAUAUCGAUAUCUAUCUACAACCGUUAA